UUGAUGCACAAGAGAAAGAGAGUUACGGCCCGCAGCGAGGAGGUGAACGAGGGUUGAUGAUCGUAGUUUGCUGGCUACGCCAGCCAGUUUGUUUUCGAUCGUCGCUUUAUGCGUUUGCGUGUUGUGUCCCGGACCGUACACCUCCGGACCGCGAGAGAUCGUCCGCGUGGCCCAAGAACCCGAGUGUGUGUGUGCGUUCGUGCGUGCGUGUGCGGGGUCCUGAACCUGUCAACCCGCACCUGUUGGGAACGAGACUGGGGUUGAUGAGCUAGUGAUCAACAGUGUUGAUCGGAGGCGGUUGCACGCGCAGAACUAGUCGGGGUCCGUUGACCUACUUUGAGGGUUCCCUGCGUGAAUCUCGGAAGACCACAGAGUGACCCAGUGAUUGGGAUUAGUGACCCAGUUAGGGAUCAACCAGGAUACUAGCGAUCCUAGCGGUACGGUGAAGUGAUCGAGUGAUUCAGCAGUGCUUCAGCGGUUGAAGAAUUUCGCAGCGAAAAGGUGUCAAGCGCUGGAAGAAAGCGCUGGCAAAACUAUCGUCUCUACCGCCGUUGACCUACAUCCGAGGAGCUCAAGAGAGCUGCUCGGGCCGUGGAUUUAGUGGCGGCGCGUGAUCGUGAUUUUCAUUCAUGGAGAGUCCCCACAGCGGGUCUACGCCGUGAAGUUGGCGAGAAGAGCUAACGCUGGCGCGCGAGAGUCUCAAGUGCGCGAAGAAAGUGUGUCUCUAUGAAUGAUCUGGUGGGCUCACGGUGUUGCGGCAAGGUUGCGUGUGAAAUAGUUUUGCGUUUGAAUUACUUGUGCUUUUUGUCGCAACCGACUCUGUGACAGCAGUGUGAAGAACCCGAUGCAGCUACGACGACGACGGCAGCAGUUAUACAUUUAUGAAUGCAGAUGACCCGGAUAUUAAAAUACUUAGACUACACGCCAUUGUAGCGAUUUGCAUUUAAUUGUGUCAAAGAGAGUGACGACGUGGAUAUGUGUUAAUUAGAUUUGUGCGCAACUCGAAGAGAAAGAGAGCAAAGCGGAAGAGCAGUGAAAAGCGCCACGACGACAACAACAACAGUAAACAAAAGAAGUACACGAUCGGUGAUCUGAUUAGCGUUAGCGCGAUCUAUGAGAGAGAGGAAGAGCGCCCUAAUCAGUGAGUGUUAGUGAUGAGAUGCGCGAAGAAAGAGAGAAUGAGAAGCAUUAAAAAUGUAUUGAGGUGAACCUAAUGAGAGCAGUGACGACAGCGCGCGAGCAGUGAUCCAAAUCAAAAGUGAUCCAAAGUUACCCGCUACUGAAAACAACGAAAGUGAAAAGUGUAUGACCCCGUUUAAGUGUUGCAAACUACAACCUUAAAAAGGAAAAUCAACAACAACAACAACAAUCUAGUGACGUGACCCAUUCUGUACAUAAGCAGAAGGAUACCCCAGCCGGAAACGGAACACAAACACCAAAAUUUGGAUAUCCCCGAAAAAUAUUCAGAUUUUCCUGGUUUCCCCAAAUUUUCACCGCCUUUCUGUCUCUGUCGGAACCAAACAACCCUUCAGGCCUUGUACAGAAACGCCCCUUCAAAAUUUAACUCCUAUUAUCUCCGUCUGGCCAUGUGCUGCUACCGGACACCGCUCCCGACGUCGAACGGCGGGCAGAUUAGGCGUGCUACCUUGUGACAAAAACCCCCGGGUUGACGUGACGCGUGACGCGCGAGUUCAGAGAAGGUGAAAGUUUUUCUAUUUUUUUCUGUUGGUGAGAGAGAGAGAGGUUAGAAGAGAUUUGGGAGGUCGGAAGAAGCCAAUGGUCAACAUGAGCGGCCAAAACGAGUCCGAGGUCGAGAGUCUGCUGAUGAGUCCGUGCUGGAAUCAGUCGACGAGCGUGCAGGACCAGUACCUGCUGGAUGGGCACAAGCUGCUGCUGGAGGCGGAUCUGGAGUCGCUGCCAAGCGACUCGGAGACGCAGAAGAGCUCGAUGGAGGUGUUGGAGAAUCUGCUGUUGAACAGCAGUUCGAUCAAUAGUAGCAAUUCGAGUAGCGACGGGGACGUGAAGCCGCUGCCGUCGUUUACCUCGUUCAAUACGGGCCACCUGUCGAUCAAUGGGAUCUCGGGUUACCACUAUACGGCGAUCGCCCAGCGGUUGCCGGAGGAGAACAACAACUACCCGCCGAAUUCGUUUCCGAACGGGGGGAGUAACGGAGGGAGCAACGGGGAUAAUAAUAUUGUGUCGUCUUCGACGUGCCUGCCGGAUUCGGUGCUGAAUCCGGACGGGAACGGAGCGGACAGUUGUCUGCAGGACGUGAAGCUGUUCUCGGACAGUUCGAUCGACGGGAAGAUCUACUCGGCUAGUGCCGAUAGCUGCGUGAUCAGCGGGCCGGACUCGGUGUCCGGAGCGCGAAUAUUCGUCGAUUCCAAAGAACUGUCCGAGUAUGACAUGAGCUCGAUCGAGGACAUUGCCGCGAUCAUCGGGUCGGCGAUCGCGGACACGACCGUGCCGAACAACAAGGUCGAAAAGGAGGACGGGAACGACACGCGGGACUCGUGGAUGGAUCUGGACGCGUGGAUUGAAGGGACCUGUACGACGCCCGAGAGCAAACUCAUCGUUGGCAACUCGGAACUCAACGAGCUGAUCCUACCUCACUCUCCGGUGCACACCUCCGGCUCGACGUUGCAGAACCUGUUGACGCACGGCUACAUGCCCCUGCUGCAAAACCGGUUACAGAACGGGCCACCGAUCAAGCUCGAAACCCCCACCUCAACGUCCUACUGUGGCGAACUCAUAUCGACUUCAACUAGUCCACCGGGCUCGGUAGUGUCCACUACCGACAACCUGAUCCUCAACGGAAGGUACCUGCAGAAUCAUCAAAACUCCCACUUUGCCCUCAACAUGGGCCUCAAACCGGACGGCCUGUGCAGUCCGGACCUCAUAGGGAACUACCCCCACACCACUACCACGACCCCAACGACACCAAAAAACAAACGGAGACCGCACAAACAGUCCAAAGCCAACGGUCACUCCCACCACCAGCAACAACAACAACAACACCAACACCAACAACACCAGCAACACCAGCAAUGUCAGCAAUCCCAGCAACAACAACCCUCCCUCCAACAACAACAACAACUCUCAGCAGCGGCAGCGGCCGCCGCCGCCGCCCAAACCCAGGCCGCGCUCAGCUUCCAGGCGGCCAGCGAACUGAGCGGCCUGCUCGGCAAGGACAAACCCGUCCACCGGUGUAACAUCUGCAACCGGGGCUUCCUCAACAAGAGCAACAUCAAGGUCCACCUGCGGACGCACACCGGCGAGAAGCCCUUCCGCUGCGAGGUCUGCGCCAAAGCGUUCCGCCAGAAGGCCCACCUCAUCAAGCACCAGCAGAUCCACAAACGGAUCGGCCGGGAUUGACCAUUAGCAGCAGUAGUGGUGACGACGACCUCAUCCCCCUCCUCGGCGUCCUCCUGCACCCCGUCCCCGUCCGGGAGGAAGCGGUCCUCCGCCACCAACUACUGCGCCCAGAACAACAACAACCUGAGCAACCAGCAUCAGCAGCAGCAGCAACACCAGCAACAGCUGCCACACUACCUGUCCUCGGUGUUGCUGGGGGAAAUGUCCCCGAGCAGUCCCGAUGGCAUGGGUGGCGAUAGCAAAAAGUUCCGCUUCGUGCCGUUUACGUGACAAAGUCGCGGCUGAACGGAAGGACUCUUGUUUGAUUUGGAAAGGGUGACGUAGGGGUGACUG